AUGUCAAACAUUCAUACAUCGAAUCAAGUAGCGUUUAUAAGUGCUACAAGUACCCUUUUAGGACUGGUCAUUGGAUCGGGGUGCAUUUUAACUAUACUGACAAAAUCCAGAGUCAGUGCUUUCCUUGCCGUGCUUGGAAUUUUUCAUGAAUUAGAAUUUUAUAUUACAGCUGAGUUUCAGGGCUCUCAAUUAUCUUGGGAUUCUUUUGUUUUGAACAACGGAGCAGCAUACUGGAUUGCCAUGACCAUUGGUGUGUUUGAGUACUACUUUACUAAUGGAUCGAGUAUUUCAAAAAUCUUACCUAGGCUACAUUUUCCUUCGUGCGCCCUAUCAUGGAUUCCUUGGUUAUUCACAAGAUUAGCUAUUACUAUGAUUAUUUCUGGGCAAUUACUUCGAUCAUACGCUAUGGUACACGCUGGUAAAUCAUUUUCUCACCACAUUGCUAGCGAGAAAAAACGUGAGCAUAGCCUUGUUAAAUCGGGUGUGUAUCAUUAUGUCCGUCAUCCUUCAUACGUUGGAUUUUUUGUCUGGGCAUUAGGAACGCAGUUCCUUUUGCAGAAUACCUUUUCUCUCAUAGCUUUUGCUAUUGUCCUUUGGGAUUUCUUCAGCAAGCGAAUUGCUGGAGAAGAGAUGUACUUGAUAAAGUUUUUUGGAGAAGAGUAUAAAGACUAUCGAAGAAAAACUGCAUCUGGGAUUCCGUUCGUUCCUUGA